AGCGUGAUUUUUGCUCAAGCCGCUGUGCGCCAGUUGUGGUGCGCCCUCGGGUCAGGCCACCGCUCGCCUCGGGACUGAUCGUCGGGCGGAGAGAGAUAUGCGCAUUCAUCGAUCCCGGCCAGGCCCUACCGAGAACACUGCACGGGGUGGAGGGUGGCGGCGGCGAGCGCAUGUCCGCUCCUCAGGUGGCGCCGGAAGCGGAGUUGCCUUGCUUUAUCGUUCGCGGUUGCAUCGCCACGGUCUUCUGUGUUCUGACAGCACAUGUGUGGCUGUGUUGGGACGACUUGAUAGCGUCGGUGCGCGGAUUGAGAAGAGAGCUCCAGAGGCUGGGCGCACCGCCUGGUCUUUGUACUUCCUUCGACACCAGAUUGUGUACCGAGCUCCACAGGGUUCGGGCGGCCCGAGGCCGUUUUUUUCUCGACACGAUGCAGGUCCCAGUGACGACCUUAUCUUUGUUGGUUCUGAUUGGAAUGAGUCUGAGAGGUAAGCAUGACUUGGGGCUUGCUUUAUCAGCCGUGUUUGUGUUGUUGCGUUACAUGGCCCUGUUGUAUGUCAAUCACUGCAUCAAGUUCUCCCGCAUCCCCUCCGUGGACAUAUCAUUCGUUUUCAAGCUUACUAUGUCAUUGCUCGUAUUGCGGACGCACUUCACGGACACCGACGACUUCCUCAUGAACGGCGGCUUGCGUUGCGGGCUGCGAGUGUUCAACGCGAUCUUACUGCUUGACUUUAAGACAGCGUGGAGGUGGAACGUACUCUUCUCUGCUGUGGUGUGCAUCACAGCCUGGAAUCGAAGCGACCAUCUAUGCACCGACGGGCGGCAUGCCAUGGAUGCUUUCGCCAGCCAUUGUUUGUCCGAGGCCGGCACCUUCGCGACUGUCUGCGCAGUUCCAUUGUUGUUGGAGACGUGCGAGAAAGACCGCAUCAAAGCAUCUUUGGAGUCCAGCGAGUCUGGUAAGGCAUACCAGGCAGUUCAAAGCAUGCUCCGUGUAUUCUGUGACGCCCAGCUGCGCAUAUGCCCUCAGUCUAGCAUCAUCGCCCACUCCCCACACCUGUUGCAUUUGCUGGGCUUGGGGGACCAGGCAGGAGAACCGAGGAGAUCGCUCAGGGGCGACAGCUUCCUUCGAUACGUGGACGAGCUCGACCAGCAGCGCUUCCAGGACUUCGUCGCAGCAGCAGUGGUGCCGCAGCUGGGAGGCGAUUCGUCCAGUCGCUCAGCCGCGCCGCCAGGCGAAAGCCUCGGCACGGACGGCUCCGGCGUGGGCCUCGCCACCUCCAUCCAGGUGUCCUUGCGCACGGAGGGGGGCGGGCUCCCCGCCCCCGUGGAGCUUUCUUUGUUCCUCUAUGAUCCACGUCCCCGACGCCAACGACGCCCCCGAGUUCCUGAUGGGGAUCCGCGAGACCAGGGAUGCAGUGCCGCGGGAGGCAUGCACGGAGGCCCCCGGGGCCGUGGCCUUGCAGCUACAUGCGGGGGCCGCGCCCGCGAGCCACGCGCCCGACCCCGAGGAGAGCCCCGGCGCUUGCCGAGGGAGGAUAAGCGCGCUCUGUACCAGAGCCGCUGCGGGGCGAGCAGCGCCCGCCUGUCGGCGCGUCCCACGAGCAGCCGGACCAGGAGCAUCCCGCCGCCUCAGUCGGCGUGGGCGCCGUGGCAGCCGCCCGUCCUCCACGUUUGCGAGAAGAGGUCCGACGGCUCCCGCUCGUCGUCCUCGGGGCGCUCGGGCACGUCGUCGAGGAGCUCCGCCCCCGACGCCGGCCAGGUCUCGUCCGUGAGCCUGCGGCUGGACUCCGCGACGAGAGAGUUUCGCGUCCAGGAGAUGCUGCUGCGCUUCCAGGCUGGGCCCAGGGCUCCCUGCCUGAAGCAGUGGCUGCCAAGGGAUGCUCUGGCCCAGAUCGAGAAAAGGUGCCAGGCGCUCAUGCAUGCCAAGUGGUAUGAAGAUGUCGAGGAGGUGGACAGUGCCCUGGGGGCGCUGGAGUUCUGCAGGCACGGAUCCGCCUUCAUGCUGGCGGAGCGCGCGGAGCUGGUAGUCCCCGGCUCACUGGCGGACCCGGCCAACUCGUCCGACGACGACCCUGCCGACGACGUCCCUUCCAAUCUGAUGACGACGAUGACGCAGCCCUCCGCUCCGGAGGAGAAUGCCGACGACGACCUUGACCUGAUGGUAGCGAUGAACUUGCAUGAGGUAUCAACCAUCCCAUGCCCUGGCAGAUCCGACGUCCCAGGGUCCCGAGGAGGCUGCGACCGAUCAGCGAGUCGCUGCCGAGGCUGGACCCAAUCGCCGAGUCGCCGCCAGGCUCGGAGGGCUGAGCCGACGACGCGGCGGCACGCCCCGCUGCUCAGCUUUCUGACCCCUCGGCUGCCCAGCUCGGGCGCUCUCGCUCCUCCAGCUUCCUGAGAUGCCGAGACCGAAAAAAAACGCGUCGUCGGACAUUUGGGUUUUUGUUUUUUGGCUCGGCCUGCUAGCGCGCCGAGUGUGUGCGUCAGCUUCUUUUUUGUCCCUGCCUCUAUGUGGUUCUUCAGGUUCGUCCGGCAUGCCCCUCAGGGCACCUUCAGCUCUCUUUGGGGGGCAGUUUCCGGGUGUGCAUGUUCGCGGCCAGCUUUUGCUGGCAUUCGUUCGAGGUCACGUUUGGUUUCUUGUCGUACGCGGGCGCCGUGCUCCUCAUUCUGGCGGGGGAUGUUUCACACAUCCUCGGCGGCACGCUGCGAAAGGCAACCGCCACCGAGCACAAUUCAGUGGACAUGUUUCGGGGAAGUCUCGCGAAGGUGAGACAGUCGGCAGAAGAUGUACACGAUUGUUUGGACGAGCGCGCAUACAUCACUGUAUGUGUGGUUCCCACCUUUUUUCUCCAGGCAAGGAGAGAGCGCUCACAGCAUCGUAUGUGGUCGGAGGGUACGUCUGCGAAUUCGAGUAAAUAGCAUACUCGUAUUCUUUCGCCUUCGCAGCGGUUCUUCUGGCUAGUGCCAUUCUCGUUGAGGUUUGGUGCCUACCCAUGCGUGUCCCUCGGCAUCAUGUGCAGGUCCAGCGACGCCGUCCUGUUUGCUGCUCGCUCGUCUACAUUCCGGCGCUGGCUCGUGUACAGACAGCUUGCACUCAUUAUUGCACGGAUCGCGUAUUGAUUUCUUCUUUCUUCUCCCUGCAGAAGAAGAUGACAUUAGUAGAGAGUCUUGGAGGUCCGCGCGGAUCCUUUGAAACGGCGAUACGGACCCCCUGGCGGCACUUCCAGCGCCGCCCUCGCGCGGUCCGCGCGUCAGGGAGGGGGGUCCACCGCAUAUCCAAGAACUCCGGGCGGAUUUCCGAAAGUUUCUGUUCAUUCAGUUUGCUCUUCAUCUAUCCUCCCCUCUUUCCGCCUCGUCUCUCUCCCCCGUCUGGCUCUUUACACUCAUGCCGCCGCCUAUUUUUGUCAGGCCGUAGUUCAUCGAAUUGGCUUGCCCAUGGCAGGUGAGCGAGGGAGACGUUAAUAUUCUGCCAUAUCGUUUUCUGCUUCAAGCCACUGCGCUCGUUGAGCCAAUGCGAGGCGCCUGUCCGCACUCGCUGAGCGAGGUUGAGCCAGGAUCGAGAGGGUGGUCGAGGAGCGAUUUUGGAGCGGCACCCCGUCGCGGGCGCGGGCCUUGUCAGAGUGGUGGGAGCUUUGUCCUCCAGAGUAGCAAAUUCCCCUCUCUGAGGGGGGCCGUCUCCCUCCUUUUCAGUUUGACUUGCGAGCCUCUUCCCCUCGGGGCUGUCCUAACAUAGCCGCGCUUAUCUCCAAACAUCCUUGCUCCAGGCCCCCCCCCGCAGCUCCUUCCGAGUGCCUCCGUCUCUUCCCCAGUACGCUCCUUUGUAGUUUCAUUCCGUUCCGAUGCAUUCUGCCCCAAGACGGUGUCAAGACGCGCCGGGUGGCCUCCGACAGUCCAACAUCUGCAAAUCACCCAAGUUUGUUUGCUGGGUUUGUGAUGUGCGUUCUGGAGCC